AUGAGCGAAUCUGCUGCCGCUACGCCCGAGGCGCGCAGCCGGCGAUCGACGCUCUAUCCUCGGGGGAGUGUGGAGUUCUCGCCCGUCCUCGACGAUGCGCUUCCGAGCGCGAGUACGGCGAGGCCGCGCGGCCGGCAGUCGCGGUCUACUUCGAAAACCGACGGAGGCUCUGGUCGUCAUGGCACCUUGGAGCUGAGUGAGUCGGCGACGACUCCCGUCAAGCGUUGGCUGGGUCGCCCGCUGCUCGAUAGUGAGACCUGUUUGACGUCGCCCGUAACGUCGGCCUUGCUUGGCGGUGCGGACGCUCCGUUGCAGGCUCGUUCCCCGAACGAUGGACUCAGUAGCUCGCCAGACGAUCGUUUUCAGGAGGACGAGCUGGACCUGGGGCGCACGCCGCGUACCAGCAGCGGAGGAGCGUCGGGGGCCAAGGUCGCGAAACGGCGCAGCGGUUGUCGUCAGGAUUGCUCGCUCUUCAAGCUGACGCGCCGGUUUCUCGAUCUAGUCUUUAAAACGGACGACGGUUUACUGGAUUUGAACGCAGUAGCGGAACGCUUGGGUGUGAAGAAGCGACGGAUAUAUGACAUUACCAAUGUGCUUGAGGGCGUCGGGAUCAUCGAGAAACAAGGCAAGAACCACAUCCGAUGGAAAGGAAUGGGAGAAUCCGCUGCUGGGAACCCCGGCACCCGCAAGACCGCACUAGCUGCUGUGAAUCGUGACGCGUCCGGGGAGGCACCUGCCAAGACCGAAACAGCGACCGUCCAACGUGCAGGGCUCACUACCGACGGAAACGCCGUUGUCUGCGGUGUCGACUUGGCUGCAGACCAGGAGAUCCUUCGUCUGCGCGAGGAGAUUCUCGAGUUGGAGAAGUCGGACCGUCUACUUGAUGAACAGAUUCGCAUCCUGCGCGACGAUCUACGUCGUUUGAGUACGUCCGAGAAAGUCAUGCGCUAUGCUUAUCUGACUGAUGAAGAUAUUCUGUCUUUGUCGAUUUUUCAGAAACACAUGGUUAUCGCAGUGCAAGCGCCCCCAGGAACCGAGUUACUCUGGGGAGACGAUCCCAAAGCAAGAAACCGAGCCUCCAAGGCGGUCGUUUACCAGUUGCAUGUGCGUUCGAGCGGUGGUGCGAUCGAGUGUUACCUGCUCAGUGCCGGCAUUGGUGGAGAGCAUCGACGACAUGCAGGUGCAGCGCUCACAUCGAAUCUUUCUUUGCAAAGCAAUGGACCGGAUCGGGCUCGGAUUUGCAAUGAACGCGCGCCCGUUGCAGAGCGCAACGGCAUGGACGUCGCUGACGGCUCCUGGGUACCAGCGCUGCGCAGGCGGGCACACAAAAAAGACCCCCGAGUGCCGCCAGAUGCAAAUGCAGCCCCGUGGCGGGCUGCUGCGCCACAGAAACUUGGAGCGGAAGCAGCGAUUUACAACAGUCUGCAGGCGGCAUUGCCUGAUCGGGGCCAUAAUCCAAUAGCCGCCCUGACGUUUGAUACGCAACUAGCGAACAAUCGUGAUUGCAAUGCAGAUGUGGAGGCCUCUGCUUUCGAUGAAGCGGCCCUGCGUGCCGACAUCGAGGAGUUCGAAGCACCCGCGCAGUCGUACGCGUCGUGGGGCUCGGGAGCCCCGCUCAGCAUUCCAGCAUCGCCGACCGGGAGCAGCCGCACGCUCGAAGCGGUGGAUGGUAUUGUCGAACUGGCGUCGCCGUUGCGAUGUAUGGCACCGAGCGGCAGCUCACCGACACGUUUGUCCUUCGCGGCAACGGCUGGCGGCGGGUUGGCAACGAUGCCUUCGGCCGGACAUGACGGCAUUCGACCGUUCCCCAUGCGAAGUGUUUGUCGGGAACCAGGAAUCAGGACAUCGCUUGACGCAAGCAGUGCCACUAGCAUCGCGACGACGGUUACCAUUGAGCAAUCCAGUGCAGCAUUCAUGUACACAGCAGCUGCGAAUGCUCGCCAGGGAGGCCCAGGAAAGCGCAGCAACGGCAGCGCAAGCGCCGUCGCAUCGGCAGCAGUUGCCGGCGCUGCGUCGUCCGCGGCUCCAUGUCAGCAUGGCGUGCGUAUUGCCCGACUUAACACAGAGCGGCGUGAUGCAUCACCAGUGGCGUUGCGGACGCGUUUCGUGGGCGACGACGUCGACGACCGGACACGACCCGAGCACGUUGCGUACGGGGCUCCGGAUCCAGAGGGCCACACUACGCCUCCGAGGUACAAGCACCUGCAUGCCGUUGGCGAGGAUGCUGUCGAUGAUUUUCAUGGCGAAGUGCUGAAUCUUCGACGUCAACAGGAACGCGGAGAAACGCUGCACCCGGGAACGGUGUCUCCGGGCGGGACGCUUAAACUUCGGCGAGCAUCAUCACCGUACGCGUCGCCGCUCAUCGACGGCGUGCAACGCUUCUCGCCAUUUCGACGAGGUGCUGUUGGCGCUGGGCUUCAUUUAGAUUACGAGCUUGACGGUAGCUUUAGUGGUAUGUUGGCUUGUGUUAGCGGAGGAGCGCUCACUCGAAGCCCGUCGCCGCCCUUGCUUCAGGAUCUGGCUGUUGAGAGCCUUCUCCUGGACCAUACUCGGGAUAGAGCUAUCUGUGGCAACAGCAGCAGCGGUGGCGUUGGCGGCAGCAACCUCAUGGAUCUGUUCAUCUCCACAGAGCCGGAUUUUGAACGCUCGCUGAGCUAG